AUGCCGCCCCCUGGUCUGGUUGAAUCUGCGUCUGUGUACCGUCUUGGUGACGCCUUGGGUCCCCGCCCUCUGUACAGCUGGAGCUACAUCAUCCCAGACCCUCUUGACCGCUGGGCUGCUCCUCCCACCCCACAGGCUGUGGAAGCCUUUUUGCAGUGGUGGAUGGCCCACAGCAGCCCGGGAAAUAUUUGCUGCUGCAAAGCAGAUAUGGCUGAAGAUGAAGUCCACGGCCUGACUCUUAAGAGUUGUAAAAUUGCAAUGCCAAUGAAAUAUGCAGCCUUGCCAUGUGUCUUAGACCCAUUUGAUCAGAGCAGUGAGUGGCACAGUGCUGUUGGAGAUGGUCAAGGCUUUAUUACUGGGGAGCCGAAGGCUCCAUUCCUCUUGGAACGAGGCUCUAAGAGAAAACCACCUUGCAAGGUGCGCAGUCCUCGGGCGUUUGGAGGAGGCGGAGGGGACUGUGGGGACCGGGAGGCUCGUGGCCCCGGGCAGCGGGUCGGAGGAGAUGCGCCCCGUCCCCUCCAUCCGCAGUCGGGCAGCCCGGCCUACGGAGACCGGAGUCCCUGCGAGCAGAGGCGGACCGUGCCCGCUCCGUCCGGCCUCGGCUGGGGGAGGCUCCGGCCCCGGGAGCCACGGGGCGGCGACCUGCGGCUCCUGCGGCUCCCGCGCCAGCCGGGUGGCGGCUCCGCAGCGCCCGCCCCCCAUUCAAAUGAGGGGUCGGGGUCGGGGCCCGCGCCGUUCCUGGCGCCCGUGGCCGCGCCGGCCGGGGGCAUGUCGUUCCAUCUGCAGAUCGGCCUGAGCCGCGAGCCGGUGCUGCUGCUGCAGGACUCGUCCGGGGACUACAGCCUGGCGCACGUCCGCGAGAUGGCUUGCUCCAUCGUCGACCAGAAGUUCCCUGAAUGUGGUUUCUAUGGAAUGUAUGAUAAGAUCCUGCUUUUUCGCCAUGACCCUACCUCUGAAAACAUCCUUCAGCUGGUGAAAACGGCUAGUGAUAUCCAGGAAGGCGAUCUUAUUGAAGUUGUCUUAUCAGCUUCUGCCACCUUUGAAGACUUUCAGAUUCGUCCCCAUGCGCUUUUCGUUCAUUCGUACAGAGCUCCGGCUUUCUGUGAUCACUGUGGAGAAAUGCUGUGGGGGCUGGUCCGUCAAGGCCUUAAAUGUGAAGGAUGUGGUCUGAAUUACCAUAAGAGAUGUGCAUUUAAAAUCCCCAACAACUGCAGUGGCGUGAGGCGAAGACGACUCUCCAAUGUCUCCCUCACCGGGCUCAGCACUGUCCGCACAGCAUCUGCCGAGCUUUCGACCAGCGUCCCCGAUGAGCCCCUCCUGUCUCCUCUGAGUCCUGGCUUUGAGCGGAAACGGCACUAUUGGAGAUUGGAUAGCAAAUGUAUUACCCUCUUUCAAAAUGACACAGGAAGCAGGUACUACAAGGAAAUUCCUUUAUCAGAAAUUUUAUGUCUGGAACCAGCAAAACCUUCAGCUUCAAUUCCUAAUGGGGCCAAUCCUCACUGUUUUGAGAUCACUACAGCGAAUGUAGUGUAUUAUGUGGGAGAAAACGUGGUCAACCCUUCCAGCCCGCCCCCUAAUGGCAGCAUCCUGACCAGCGGCAUUGGGGCCGACGUGGCGCGGAUGUGGGAGGUGGCGAUUCAGCACGCCCUCAUGCCCGUUAUUCCCAAGGGCUCGUCCGGAGGGGCAGGAACUAACUCGCACAAUUUGCUUAGCCCUGGGGCAGAGUCUGACGUGGUCAUGGAAGAAGGGAGUGAUGACAAUGACAGCGAAAGGAACAGUGGGCUGAUGGAUGACAUGGAAGAGGCAAUGGUCCAAGACGCUGAGAUGGUGAUGGCAGAGUGUCAGAAUGACAGUGGGGAAAUGCAGGACCCAGACCCGGACCACGAGGACUCAAACAGAACCAUCAGCCCAUCAACAAGCAACAAUAUCCCGCUCAUGAGAGUAGUGCAGUCUGUGAAACACACGAAGAGGAAAAGCAGCACAGUGAUGAAAGAAGGGUGGAUGGUCCACUACACCAGCAAGGAUGCACUGCAAAAGUCACCAUCAGAGUCAUUUAUUGGUCGAGAGAAGAGGUCGAAUUCUCAGUCAUACAUUGGACGACCAAUUCAGCUCGACAAGAUUUUGAUGUCGAAAGUGAAAGUGCCGCACACGUUCGUCAUCCACUCCUACACGCGGCCCACCGUGUGCCAGUACUGCAAGAAGCUUCUCAAGGGGCUUUUCAGGCAGGGCCUGCAGUGCAAAGAUUGCAGAUUCAACUGCCAUAAACGCUGUGCACCGAAAGUACCCAACAACUGCCUUGGCGAAGUGACCAUUAAUGGAGAUACUUGUGACCCAGCCCCAAGUAAAUUAUGGCCUCAGUUUGUUCCACUUUACUGUAGAAAAGCACCAAUUCCAGUUCACAGAGCUUUGAUAAAAACCAAAGAGACGUUCUCAAACCUUCAUCACCCUGGUGUUGUAAAUUUGGAGUGUAUGUUUGAGACGCCUGAAAGAGUGUUUGUUGUUAUGGAAAAGCUCCAUGGAGACAUGCUGGAGAUGAUCUUGUCAAGUGAAAAGGGCAGGUUGCCAGAACACAUAACGAAGUUUUUAAUUACUCAGAUACUUGUGGCUCUGCGGCAUCUUCACUUUAAAAAUAUCGUUCACUGUGACCUCAAACCAGAAAACGUGUUGCUCGCAUCAGCUGAUCCUUUCCCUCAGGUGAAACUUUGUGACUUUGGUUUUGCCCGGAUCAUUGGAGAGAAGUCUUUCCGGAGGUCAGUGGUGGGCACCCCAGCUUACCUGGCUCCUGAGGUUCUAAGGAACAAGGGCUAUAAUCGCUCUCUAGACAUGUGGUCUGUUGGGGUCAUCAUCUAUGUAAGCCUAAGUGGCACAUUCCCAUUCAACGAAGAUGAAGACAUACACGACCAAAUCCAGAAUGCAGCUUUCAUGUACCCACCAAAUCCCUGGAAGGAAAUCUCUCACGAAGAAUGGAAGAGUAAUUAUCCCUCAGCAGCCACAGAGUCUCUGAAAAGGGCACUGAUUGGCUGUGCUUCAAUCCCAGAGUACCCCCAGGAACAAUCACACAGUCACCGCAGGAGCCUGGCUCUGAUUGGCCAUACAGAUGAUGGAGAGCCCCUCCAAUCCCAGAGGGGAAGGAAAAAGGGUAACUCAUCAAUUGUGGGAACUGACAACCUACGAAAUGGUGUUUUGAUGAGUUUGAAUCAUCUCUAUGGUAAUUUGGAAUUUCUUCAUCAGGAUUAUCAGACCUGGUUAGAUUUACGAGAGCUGGAAUGCAAAAUCGGGGAACGCUACAUCACCCAUGAAAGCGAUGACCUGCGGUGGGAGCAGUAUGCGGGAGAGCAGGGGCUGCCGUACCCCACACACCUGAUCAAUCCAAGUGCUACUCACAGUGACAGUCCUGAAACUGAAGAAACAGAGAUGAAAGCCCUCAGUGAGCGUGUCAGCAUCCUCUGAGUUCCAUCCCCUAUAAGCUGUCAAAACACUGUGGAAUUAAUAAAUACAUACGGUCAGGUUUAACAUUUGCCUUGCAGAACUGCCAUUAUUUUCUGUCAGAUGAGAACAAAGCUGUUAAACUGUUAGCACUGUUGAUGUAUCUGAGUUGCCAAGACAAAUCAACAGAAGCAUUUGUAUUUUGUGUGACCAACUGUGUUGUAUUAACAAAAGUUCCCUGAAACACUAAACUUGUUAUUGUGAAUGAUUCAUGUUAUAUUUAAUGCAUUAAACCUGUCCUCCACUGUGCCUUUGCAAAUCGGUGUUUUUCUUACUGGAGCCUCAAGUGGGUAAGAGUCUGCAGAACCUGUCCAUGAAACAGUUCUGUUCUGUGUGUCCCAUCAGUGUUGUCAUUAUAAGCAAACUCUUGAAGAGUAGAUUAUUACCAGUGUUCUAUGAACAACUCUAAAACUCAUGUGGAAAAAGUGAAUGAUGGAAGAUGGACGAGGGAGGAUAUUACAAUCCUAACACACAAAUGCAUGAGACUUUUACUGUAUAGUUUCAAAUUCUUUUCCUGCCUGGUGUGCCUCAGUAUGUUUAAACUCAAGUAAAUGCACCUCGGCACACCUCCUACUCGUAAGCCUAAAUGCCUUAGAAAUGUAAACUGCCAUAUAUAGCAGAUAUAUUUCCCCCUUUCUUACGAAGCCCUGCUGUACUCUGGAAAACCAGCAGCUAAGCAAUCUUUUGCCUUUGUGUAUUUUUCAAUAAUAACAAAUAAAUAUUCUUGUCAAAAUA